UUUUGGCAAGAAAAAUUUGUUCUGGGUUAUUGGUUUACUUUUAGAUUACUGUUGUUUUGGAUUUUUCUUUUUUCCUUUCCUUUUCCUUUCUUUUCCUUUUCUGUUCUGUUUUGGGUUUUACUUCUAGGUUUUGCAUGCGCCAAAUGGGUUCAUAUUUUAGAUGGGAAUUUUACAUUGGGGUGGUACUCCUGCGUGGAAGAUUACAUUCAGCUCUCUGCCCUUUAGUUUGGAGUUUCAUGCUUGUGAAUGAUCAGAUUCUUUUGUUCACUGUGUAUUAAAUUAUUUCCAAGGACAAUUAAUUCCAUCGCCUGCUGUAGAGCUUCGUAUCCCCUUUCUGUUUUCCCCUAAUUUUUCAGAUUUGGGCCUUUGCAUGAUAGGGCAUGUUAGUGCAAUUUGUUUUCCUUUCCCUUUGACUGCAUCAGACGAGUUAGUUUAUGUGAAUUAAUUCUCCGUUGUGAUUGUCCCAGUUCAAAUUCUUGUUCAUGCACUUCAUUUCUAGUUUUCAUGUCCUUGAUUUUGUGUGUUGAUGGUCCUUUUGCCAUUAAUUAAAAUCUGGAUGUUGAUGAUUUGUGGUCCAAUGAAGCUUAGGUUCUGGGAGACGUAAAAUUUGGAAUCGAAAACAUCUUUUUCUUGGAUUCUUGGUGGUCGAUAAGGGAAUAUAGUUUCAAGCUUAAGGUCAUCUUUGAACAUCUGGUAUAGGCUUGACGAUGGGGGUUUCGCAACAGAAUUUUCACGGUGCCAAGAAAUUGACUUUUCACUUUCAAGACCAGGAUUCUUCUUCAACUCAGUCCACUUGUCAAUCUUACCCUGAAGUAGCUAGCAUGGGAGAAGGAUUUAAUGAAACUCAUGGGAAGGCUGAGGGAGGUGACCCUAAAUUAGCAUCAUCAAUAGGAACUCAGGAUUUUAUCUUCCCUUCUCAAGUUGACUAUAGCCAAUCCAUUGCCCGCUUUCCCAUCCAUUUUGCAGAACCAUAUUUUGGUGGCCUACUAUCUGCUUAUGCGCCACAGGCAAUGAUUCAUCCUCAGAUGUAUGGAAUGGCUUCUUCUCGGGUGCCACUACCUCCUGAAUAUACGGAAGAUGAACCCAUUUUUGUCAAUGCUAAACAGUAUAAUGCAAUUCUCAGGAGGAGACGGUACCGCGCCAAGCUUGAGGCUCAAAACAAACUCAUCAAAAGUCGUAAGCCAUAUCUUCAUGAAUCUCGGCACCUUCAUGCACUGAGGAGGGCUAGGGGUUCCGGUGGGCGCUUUCUUAAUGUGAAAAAGCUUGAGGAGUCCAAUACUCCCACCAGCCAUGGACUGGAUGCCUCAGGUUCUGCUGAACUUCAUUUGGCUGGAAAUACAUCAGAAUCUGAAAUUCAUCAGCCAGAGAAUCACAGAGAUGGUGCUUCUACCACUUCUUGCUCAGAUAUCACGAGUGCCUCCAACAGUGACGACAUCUUCCAGCAGCCAGAAUUCAAGUUCUCUGGCUACCGUUCCCAUGUUGUUGGGACCAUGCAAGGGCGCCCAGGUGGCAUGCAUGUUGGUGGAAGCCAGCACCGUGUUUCUGUCCUUCUGUGAGAGAAGAGGCUACAACCAAUCUCAGCAGUCUGUGUUUGACACCAAUCAGAAGACCCAGCUGCUAAUGUUCCCUUGGGAAGUCAUCCUUGGCUCAGUUAGUCUGCAUUUUGUUUGUUUCAUUGCAUGGAAGCAUAUUCUCAAAAACUGAUGAUCUGCCUUGAUGUGUCUAUGUUCGUUUUGUGGCUGCAAAUACAUGUGAAUUGAAAAGUUAUGGUAAUUGAUGACAAAUUUAACUAA